GCCGCAUCCUGCAUUAUUUCAACUGCACAUCUAUCUUCCUGAAACUUGCACCUGACCUCACAUUCGAAUACUUUUCGGUGGCCAUUUAUUUGCCUUGGAGCUUCAGGCCCUAUCAAGCUGUUGUAUGCAGCACAACUCACAAGUGCCUGUAAGGCUGAGCAGUACCGGGACACAGGCGCAACUGCUUGAUAUCCUCACGGCGGAUAGCAACCCACGACCUUUGACCGAAGACUCAGCGUCCGCUCUUCAUGGAUCCUCCAAAACAAGCCUCCGGGCAGCAAUCGGCUACCCUUCCUAAACUGGAGGUUCUCAGCCCAUCCGCCCCCCAUAGCUUCUCCGCGCCGUCCAAAUGCAUCAACGACGGGCCAGAUGUCGCACGCUUCCUCACCUCGAAAGCCUACCGCGACAUCGGUGUCUUCGUGAUGCAGCUCAACCGAGCGCUCUGCCCACGCAAGUCACCCAGUGGGCCCUCAAAGACAUUUCCCCUUGUGGGAGGGAAGCGGCAGGACACCGCCGCCGUCUGCAGGCUGAGAGAAUUGCUGGACAGGACAAGCAGAUUCAUCGAUGAUGCGCCUCCAGACCCUGGUCCGAGGAGGUUUGGCAACAUCAGUUUUCGCAAAUGGUACCAGCUACUAGAGGACAACGUCGAUGCCCUGUUGAAGGAGUUUGUGAGCCCCGAUAUCAUCAACUUCGGAGCACCGGGAGACGCCGCAGCCCAUGAUUCCGGUGCGAGCGGCGAAGGCAGCCAAAGCCCACUUGCUGUGAGCGAGCUGAAGGCGUACUUUCUCGGGGCAUUUGGCAGUCCUCAAAGGUUGGACUACGGUACGGGACAUGAGCUGAGCUUCUUAGCCUUUCUUGGCUGCCUGUGGAAGCUCGGGGCUUUUAAAGACGGUGUCCAGGGCGGCGAAAUUGAGCGCAGCAUUGUUCUCGGUGUCUUUGAACCUUACAUGGAGGUGGUCCGCCGUCUCAUCCUCACAUAUAAUCUCGAGCCAGCAGGUUCGCAUGGUGUCUGGGGACUCGACGACCACUCCUUCAUGCCAUACAUCUUUGGAUCUGCACAGCUCACCCGCCCAAUCACCGAGGACGAGGCCAUGCCCCUUGAGGGCUCCGUCGAGCGGGCUCCGAAACCAGGUGACAUCCUCAAGCCCGAAGCAGUAGAGCGGCUCCGUGAGUCAAACAUGUAUUUUUCCGCCGUCGGCUUCAUCAACGAUGUCAAGAAGGGUCCCUUCUGGGAGCACAGUCCCAUCCUCUACGACGUGUCUGGCAUCAAAGACGGCUGGGGCAAGAUCAACAAGGGCAUGAUCAAGAUGUUCAACGCCGAGGUCCUGUCCAAGUUCCCCGUCGUGCAGCACUUCCCCUUCGGCUCUCUAUUCUCGUGGGACGUCGACCCGGAGGCAUCGGCGCCCCAACAAUCUGUCCACAUGGCGAACCAGCCAGUGAGCGCCGCUCCACCAUCGCAGUCCGCUGGCACGGCUGCGCCUUGGGCUCAGGCAACGCGCAUGCCCGGGCCACCAGGACCGGGCAUCCCUUACUCCAGGGUACCAGGCCCGGCUCCAGGUGGCAGAGGGAUCAAUGAGGCGCCGCAGACCGUGAGGUCCCAGGGCGCGGGACCACCGCCACCGCCCGGGCAACCCCGGCCGACCGGACCACCUGGCACGGCUGGGAAUCAGAUCACUGUCACAAAGGCACCGUGGGCAAAGUAGACAGAGAUAGCCAUCUAAAUGCAGCAUUACGUUUACGAACAGCAUGGGUCUCCUAUUCUUCUAGUGACAUCUCAGUACCCACUCGUGUACCCAAAGAACACUUUCUGGCCGUUUCCUGCUGUGAGAAUUCUGGCAAGAACGAUACUCCUGG